AUGCCAAAGUGGAAAUCAACUUAUGAUAGCAACCGAAAAUACAAUUCUCAAUGGGAGAAGACAUUUGUAUGGCUCACCAAAUCAACUGAUGGUUUUAACUCAGCAUAUUGCAAAUUGUGCAGAUGUACUAUUGUGUCAAGACUUUCCAAUCUGACAAGUCAUGAGGCAACUGAAAAACACAAGAGGAAUACACCAUCUUCUUCACAAAAAACCCUUCAAGUAAAAACAAUGGGAACAAAAAUUGAUGACAAAGUCAAAAUAGCUGAACUACAAAUUGCUGUUAGCAUGUCCUGCCAUAGUGCCAUAAGCACCAUUGAUCACAUGAGUGAAAUAAUGGUAUCCCAUGGAAGUGGUAGCACUCUUGGUCAUUUAAAAUUACACAGGACAAAGUGUAUAGCAUUAAUAAAAAAUGUUAUUUCACCAGAAUUGAAAUCUGAUCUAAUUCGAAAUCUGCAAAACAAAAAGUAUACACUCAUCGUUGAUGAAUCCACAGAUGUUUCAACUCAGAAGUAUUUGUGUAUUUUAGUUAGGUACCUCAACGAUAAAACAAAUCAAAUUACUACUAGUUUUUUAAGUUUGAUUCCAGUCCAAGAAGCCACUGGAGAUAACAUAUUCAACCUGAUUAACAAGGAGAUAAAAAGCUGCAAUCAAAACUUGGAAAAUUGCAUUGGUUUUGCAUCAGAUGGUGCCGCAAAUAUGGUUGGGUGCAACAAUUCAGUUUGGUCCAGAAUUAAAGAUGUAUCCCCUCUAUGUGCACAAUACAAGUGCGUUUGUCAUUCAUUAGCGUUGUGUGUCAAAUAUGCGGUAUCAAAAUUACCUUCGAGCAUUGGAUUUUUGUUGAAAGAGAUACCAAAUUGGUUUCGAUAUAGCAAUUUGAGACGAGAAGCAUUUAAAGAUUUAUUUAAGAUUAUGAACUCUGCAACAGAAUUUGAGAUAGCUAGAACAGCACCACUUCCUUUUGAAAAAACGUCUUCUACUCGCUGGCUUGUCCGAGGAAAAGUGAUGUUCAAUAUAUUGCUUAAUUGGGAAGAGCUCAGAGCAUACUUUAUUUCAGCUGAAUUAGCUCAAGGAAAUUUUGGAAGUAAAUAUAAGGCACGAAUUAUAAAGGAAAUGCUUCUAGAUCAGAAAAACUAUUUAUAUUUUCAUUUUGCAACCCCUCUAGUGCAGGAAUUUGAGAAAUUGAAUAGCCUCUUUCAGAAAACUAAGGCAGAUCCUCACGAAUUACACGAUGAGUUAUUAAUGCACUAUAAAAGUCUGAGUAGCAGGAUAUAUGAUAUUGACAAUAAGAAAAAAUAUAUUUAUGAAAUCGAUUUUGGCGCCAAAUUCCUGGCAGAGUGUGACGUUUAUAUUAGGAAGAAUUCGAACACCAAUGAAUGCCAACAUGUUAUUUUGUCCAUUAAAGAAAGAUGUUUAUCCAUGCUUGAAGAAGCCCUUGAUCAAGUUAAAAAGCGACUUCCUUCAUCAAGAAAUUUGUUUAAAGAUCUAACUAAUUUCAGUCCCGAAAUAAUUUUGAACCAGGUUUCGAGGCCAAUAUUUUCAAAGUUGCCGUUUUUGCACCUUACCGGGGAAAAUCAGACUAUUAUUGAAGACCGGUACAGGAAAUUACCUUUUAUUGAUUGGAAGGAAGAAAAACAGUUCAGAGAAAAGGGGCUACCCCGAGACACUGAGCAAUUCUGGAAAGGAGUAAUAGAAAAUCCGCAAUUCAAAGAGCUCGCUACAUUUGCAUUAACUUGCCUUAAAACACCUAUUAGCAAUGCCGUAGUGGAAAGGAUUUUUUCUUUAUUAACUAGCAUAAAAACGAAGGCAAGAAACAGGCUUCAGUUACAAUUGUUGGAGGCAAUAAUACGAAUCAGAGCAGAUCUUUUAUCGUUCAAUAGGUGCUGCAGGGAAUUUGUCCCCUCGGCCGAAAUGAUGAACAGAUUCAAUUCUAACAUUUUAUAUUCUACGAAAUCGUCUGAUGAAUCUGUUAUCAAUGAAGAGGACGAUCUAUUUGAAGAAGAACUUUUGAUGUGA